AGAGAGCACCGCGAUCCCCAUUAGACAGCGCGGCGAACAGGACGAGUCUGUUUCCCUCGCCGUCAUUUAAGCGGAGGAAAGCGAGACAGAGCACGGGCACGAUGCUGCCUCUCACCGCCGGCUCUCGCGCAACAUCAGCAGCAGCAGCAUCUUCCUCAGGCGGAAACCCGAGGUGCUGCUGAUUCCUGCGGAUCCGCGCUCUGCUCCAGUCAAAAGCUCGGAAAUGAAGAGAAUGAACCCUCGCUGGAAGUCUUCCCCGAUGUGGCCGUCCGGAGUUGGCAGCAGAUUGCCGUGUCCUCGCGAGUCAGCGCUGCGCAGAGCGGCCAUCAGUGGAAACGUGCUCGCGCUGCCGCCAUAUCACGUGCCCACGGGCCGGAGCGUGCGCGUCUUCAUCUGCGCCAACCCAGACGAUACGGAGGCAGAGAGGAAUGCCCUGAAAGAACAUGUCUACCCCAAGCUGAGGGACUUCUGUAGAGAAAACUAUGGCAUUGAGUUCCAGGUAGUGGACCUGUACUGGGGUGUGGACCCAGAGGAGUGGGACAGUCCAGAACUACAGAGACUGCGAAUGAAGCUUCUAGAGGAAUGCCUGAAGACUUCUGCAGGUCCAUGCUUUGUUGGUUUGGUGGGGGAGAAGUACGGCAGCAUUCGUGUUCCCGGUGAGGUGGAAUCGGCUGAGUUUGAGAUGAUUCUAGAUGCUGCAGUAGAAGCGGGUCUGGACACACGGAUCCUGGAGGAGUGGUACUGCCGGGAUGAAAACUCAGUACCACCGGCAUACUACCUCAAACCCAAAGCUGAGACGCUGAAAAACUACCAGAACUCGAUGGAGUCGAGCAGUGUUGCGAAGGCCAAGAAUGCUAAAGCUUGGAGAGCAGUUUCUGAAGAGAUCAAGAAAAUCUUCCGAACUGCAGUCCUUCAACUACAAGAGAAAGGAACCAUGAAAAGUGCACAGGCCAAAAAAUUUCUUUGUUCGGCACUGGAGGAUGAACUGGACUUUGCUUUAGGAAAACAGACCCCGGCCUUCUUGAAGAAGUGUGUGUGUUACAUUCGCAAAAUCUCCAACUUUGACCGCUUUGCCAAGAUUCCUGACAUGGCCCGCUACAUGGACAUUGUUAUGAGUGGGGAUCGCAUCAUGAGGAACCAGGAGGCCUAUGAGCGUCUUCUGAAAGUCAGAGAUGAGUUCAUUCCUACAAUAGUCGCAGCAUCCAACCUCCGUGUCUAUUCCUCAGUCACCCAUUGCGACAUGAAGCUGGGCUACUCCCAAGAGGUAGAGAGUCACUAUGUGGAGGGUCUGUGUAAGCAGUUCUAUGAGGACAUGGUGGACAUUAUUCAAGCUACUGUCCAGCAAAACUUUGACACAGAAACAGAUCCACUAUACGACGAGAUUAUUCAACAUCUUUCGCUGUGCAAGACAUUUUCCUCGUUUUAUGUGUAUAAAAGUGAGGUCCUGGAUAUAGUGCAGGAAUACCUGUACCCAUCCAAAGGAGGGAGAAUAAUGCCACUAGUCGUUUAUGGAGGGCCAUGUACAGGAAAGACACUGCUGCUUGCUGAGGUGGCUAAACAGGCAUACUCAUGGCUUCAGAAAGAAAUGGGGCCAGAAACAGAUCCUGUCAUCAUUGUUCGCUUCAUUGGUUCAUCCGACCUCUCUACAGACCUCCGCAACCUACUCCAAAGUAUUUGUGAGCAGAUUGCCAUAAACUAUCGCUGCUUAAUCCACUACCUACCAAACAAGAUUGAAGAGAUGAGAGAAUUGUUGAUAAACCUUCUGGGAGAGUCAUCCUUCCAUCGACCCCUAGUGAUCAUACUAGAUUCUUUGGAACAGCUGUCAGAAGCAGAUGAGGCACGUAAGCUGUGGUGGUUGCCUAUCCAACUCCCUUGUACAGUCCGCAUUGUGGUAACAACCUUGCCUAACAAACAUGGGAUUCUACAGAAAUUACGUUGCCUGAUUCAUGAUGAGGAUUGCUAUGUAGAAUUGACACAAAGAGACCGUAAAGCAUGUAGCCAAACACUCAAACAGCAGCUUCUGAGUGUCAAACGAAAAGUAACCUCAGGCCAACAAAUAUAUGUAAACGAAGCACUGGCUAAAUGUACACUGCCUAUGUUUGUCAACCUUAUCUAUCGUGAGGUGGUACACUGGCGCUCACACAAAGACGUUGAUGAAAAGUCUCUUUGCUCAACAGUGCAUGAGAGCAUAGAACAUCUCUUCAUCUCCAUUGAAAAUAAGCUGGGAUCCCACUUUGUCUUUCGUGCAUUGGGAUACAUUACAAUGGCACGUGUAGGGUUGACAGAGGUGGAACUGGAGGAUAUACUAUCUUUAGACAAUAGUGUACUUGGAGACAUCAUGGUAAACUCAAAUCUAACAAAUCCCCUGCGAAUCCCCUAUGAUCUCAUUGCUCAACUAAGAGAAGAGCUGGAGGGUUACUUGGUGGAGCGUCAAGUUCGGAAUGUAACCCUUUUGGUGUGGGCAAACAGGCAUCUCCAUCUCAUUGCACAAAAGUUGUAUCUCAGUAAUGAAGAAGAUGUGCAUCAAAUGCACAGCCUUUUAGCCGAGUAUUUCCUUGGGGUAUGGGCAGGUGGUAGAAAGAAGAUUUUCCACUGUGACAACAAUCACUUUGCCUCAUUAAACAUCUCUCAGCAUCGGAACCCUCACAACCAACAAAGCCUUCAUGGCCACGACAAAGCCUCUGCUGACAAGCAUUCCUAUGACCGGCAGACUCCAGAACAACCCUGGGUGUUCCAAUGCAACUUACUUGAGCCAGACAUCUUCUUUGUCAAUCACCGAAAAAUGACAGAACUGUUAUUUCAUUUGACAAGGAGUGGGAGGACAGAUGACCUCAUGUAUGGUGUUAUUAUGAACUUCAGUUGGUUAUAUACGAUGAUAAAGAUUGGACAGUUCGACAAGGCCUUGACAGACAUAGACCUGGCCUACAGUUACUCACAGGAAAAGGAGCUCAAGUUCCUUGCUAGCACACUCCGGAGUAUAAAGGUCAAAGUAAUCAAGAACCCUGCUUCACUGUCUGCUGAGCUUCAGCAAAGACUUCUUCCUGUGGUCACAUCCCUCCCCAAGCUCAGACAUCUCUUACUAGAGUGUGACAAGGAUGGACCCAAAUACUGCUCCAUAGUACCACUCCACUCUUCCAUGGAUGUUACAUACAGUCCUGAGAGACUACCACUGUGCUCUAGUUAUAUGCAGAUUGUUGAGAUUCUACCUACCUUGGCUCCCAACAUUGUAAUUGUAGCUCUUGAGGAUGGCUCAGUCAGUACAUGGGAUGUUGAGAGCAGACAGUUGCUGAGACAGAUCGACACAGCAAGGUCAGUUGUUCUUGGUGUUAGGCUCACCACAGAUGAGAAGUACCUUGUGGUUGCCACUACAAAAAACACACUACUAAUUUAUGAUAACCAUAAAUCCUGUUUGUUGUCAGAGGUGGAAGUUAAAGGCUCAAAGCAGUGUGGCAUCACAGGUGGGGUGGCAUUCAUUAAUGGAUUUACCUUAUCCAGCCCCCAUGCCUUAGCUUGGCUGGAGGCCAGUAAAGAUGUCAGUGUGAUUGACCUGCAGUAUGGCUGGCCUUUAUACCAGUUCCAUUGCUGGUAUGAAGUAACCUGUGUUGAAUGCUCCCCGGAUGGGAUGUAUGCUUUCUGUGGGCAAUAUUUAAACACCACUACAGUAUUCCACCUAGGAAGUGGAGAUAAGCUUGCAACAGUGACCUCUGAGUUUUCUGGUGGAUUUGUCAAGUCCAUCCUGGUUCUAGAUACAAUCCAUCAAAUGGUGAUGAUCGACAACGAAGGUAGCCUUUCUGUCUGGAACACCAAAGAUAUCACAAAUCCCAGGCUUAUGGAGGACUAUGACUGCAGAGGGGAUGAUAGUGAGGUGGUAGGUAUAGAAUUAUCUGAGGAUCAGAAAUCAGUACUUAUUUGCAAAGCCAGAAGCAUUGAGGUGCUUGACACAAAGGUUUGGAAGAUGGUAGAGAAGUUUAAGGCCAAACGUAGUGAGAGAUUUGUGGCUGCUGUUCUGUCAAAGAAUGGCCAAAGUAUUGUAGCAUCGAUGGAAAAUACGUCAUCCAUAUUUGUGUGGAGAAGAGACAGUGGGCAAUGCAUGGCUAGUUUAAUAGAGAUUUCAGGAGCCAUCGUCAAGUUGAUCAAGUCAACACACCAUAACUUGCUUUUGUCCGUAGCCAGCAGUGGGGUUCUCUCAGUUUGGGACAUUGAUAUCAUAACAGCAAUGUCAAACAUUGACAAAACAGGCAAACGGAUCCAAAGUGUACAGCUGACAGGCAGAGAAGACUUUGUCUAUACAAUGGAUGGUUCUGAAGCCAUCCAUAAGUGGAACUUCAGCACAGGUUUCAUUGAGAUGGUGUUUAAACAUGAAGGGUUUGUGGAGAACUGUGUCCUUACCACAUCUGGUGACCUUAUGGUGACAUCUGAUGACAAAUGUAGCCAAUAUAUCUGGCAGACUGCCACUGGUGAAAAUAUCUUCCGAAUCAAUGGCCAAAAAAUAUCCCAACUUCUUAUAACCCAUAAUGACCAAUUUGUGGUUUCUCUCUGUGAACAAAAUGCCUCACGUGUCUGGAGGCUUGCUACUGGACACAAAGUGUGUAACAUCUUGGUAACCCUCCAGCAUGCACUCAUCACCACAGCCAACACUUUCCUGGUUGGUACAACUAAAAACAAGCUGUUGGCUGUCAGCUUGUGGUCCGGCAGUGUAUCCAAGAAGUUCGUCUGUGAUGAUGGGAUUACAAUCAUAAAUUUUAAGCUAAUUCCAGACAGUCCAGACUAUGUUGUCUUCAUCACAUCCACAGAGACUGUUUUCAUAUGGAGUGUAGCUGAUGAGUCUGUCUGCAGAAGGGUGCAACUGCCAAGCAACUUCUUAAAGAACUUGGAAGACUUCCAAAUCUCACCAAAUGGAAAGUUGGGAAUUGUAUCUAAAGGAGAUGACAACAUAAAUGUUCUGGAUCUACACAGUGGAAAACUGCGCUUAGUCCAUGCUGCAGGCAUAAUAUGGAGGCAAAAGUUAUCAAGAGAUGGACGGUACUUGGUGUACAUUUGUUUCCGAAAUUGUGAUGAGGACGACGAUGCAGGUGUGGUUUCUAGUUUAAUUGUCAUGCGACUUGCUGAUGGAAAGAGUAUUGGUACCUGUUCUCUCUACAAAACACCAACCUACUUGUGCCUAUCACAACGAGCACUCAACAUUAUUAUUGGCUUUGAGGAUGGUAGCAUUGGGACCUACACAGUUGUGGACCGUGUGGAUGCAGCCCUCAAAAUCAAGAUUGCCACCUCCAACAGCCGGCAGAUUGUUAACAACGCCUCACAGAAAAUACGACCCAAGUGCAGCACCAAUGCCUUCAAGACCAUUGCUGAUUGCAUGUGGAGGGAGUCAACAGAAGUUUUCUCUCGAGAUAGCCCCAUCAAUGUCUCUGACAGUGGGGAGCCUGAAACAACAACACCAACAAAAAAGGCUGAAUUAUUGCAAUGAGCAUUAUUCAGGAAGUUAGUGUUACAGAUGAAUGGGACCAGAUUUGGAUGCAGUUGAUUCUUGUUUACAGCAACCUUGUGAUUCAGUUGCACAAAUCAGUCCUCUGGGUACUACACAGUUGAUACUGGCCAAUUACUAUCACACUGCAGUUAAUUUUUUCAGGUCACUUUCAUCUUCUCUUUUGGUGACUUGUCAUAAUAUGUGCUACAUACAUCUUUUAUAUUUUUCAAAUACAUUGUUUCAUUCAAAUCAAGCCAUAAUAUUACUUUAUAUAGAGACAUAGAAAUGUUAUAUAUUUGUAGCCAUAAUGCAUAUUUGAUUUUAUUAUUAUUAUUAUUAUUAUUAUUAUUAUUAGAAAUGUUCAGUCAUCUCAGUUUCUUAAUGUUCUCUGGAUCAAAGAUUCAACUUGUGUAAGUGUGUACAUAUCUAUUUUGGCUGCUGCAAUUUGUGCAACUCCUUAACAAAGUUAUGUUGUGCUUAAUGCAAUCAAAGAGAGUGCCUGGAUUUUAAGAAAUUUUCUUAUAAACACUAAUGAUUAAAAAGAUGCAGGGAAUUUCUAAAAACAAAACCUUGAUAUAGAUAUUCAUAAAUACAAUAAACAUGCUACAAUAUACAAACAAUGAAUAGAAAAUUUGAUUCAUUCAGAAUUGCCAGUCAUUACAGCAGAAUGAUUUCAGGAAAGUUAUAUAUUAUUAAGGCUGUUUAUAUUAUGUUACUGCUUUCAUUGUAUCAAACUGAAUUGAAGGAUGGAAUGGAAAAUAUCACUAACUGAAACUCUUGCAUAUUGUUAGUUGGAAUAUACUGUUACUGAGUAUUUAACUUUGUGUGUAGCAUCUGACAAGGAGUAUAAACGCCUUAAAAAGUGGUGUAAUAAGUUAUGCCAAGUUUUGUUUGUUGCUGUUUUACAUGUCACUAGUAAGGCAUUGUGGGAACGCGUGAUAGUAGAAAAAAAAAAGAAUAUUUAGUAUUUUCAUGUUAUAGAUGACUUAGAAAUGUAUAGAUAUAUGUAUUUACAAACAAGGUUGUGACAAGCCAGUUUUAAGGGGUUGCACUUUAUUUGGGACAGUUGUUCAUUACAGCUGAUGUAGAGUAUAUCAAGAACACAAUGACACAAAUAUUCAUCUACAAACUGUUGGUUGAGUAAGGCGAAUGAAGAUUUUAAUUUGAUCUUUUCGUUAAGGGUAUAUUCUGGCAUGCUCAAUAAUGAUCAACCAUGCCCCAUCAAUCUCCUCCAUAACUUCAAGGGCUAUUCCGACAAAUUGUAUGUUUACUUCUGAAACUGUUGAGAAAUAUGCCCAUUUACAAGUAAUAACCUAUAGCAUUAUUCAGGGUUGACACUUUUCACCCAUCAAAGUACAAAUUUUCAAAACAAAAGAAAUAUUAUUAAAAUAAAUUUUAAAAAGUUGUAUUAAAAUAUAUAGUGUGCCAAAGUUGUUCCUUUUUUUGUAUUACUUUAUUUCUUUACAAAUGAAUUAUGCUUUGUGACUUAUGUUAAUUGUAAAAGACAAAACCUAUUACCUUUGCAGACAACCUUCGAUAAGCCCAUGUUGUACUGAAAUCCCAGAGUAUAUCUGAAUGUGUCACUAUGAGAACAGAACGUGGCAUAUUACAAUAUAUGUUAUGUGACAUGAAUGACUUAUUACAAACAUGUUUGCAGAACAUGGUGGCAUAACUGGCAAUGAAUGUGUUUAUUGUAUUGUUUGUAUAGUCAGCACUGAAAUCCCUGUUUAGAGAUUUAUAUAUUUUCAUAAAUGUUGUACUUACAUUUUGUUACAAAGUUGUUUUAAAAAAAAAGAAAAGAGAAAACUUAUGUCUGAAGCAAUAUGAAAUAGUGUGUAU